AUGCCACUUUUCAGCUGGAUGAAAUGGCCAAAAAACAAUUCCUACAAACCUACACACUACGCCAGCUCAGAUGUAGUGACAAAGACUUUGCUUCGGGAAUUAAAAUGGCAUCUAAAGGAGAGAGAGAGAUUAAUACAAGAGAUUGAAAAUGAACAGAAAGUUAAAAAAACAGGUGUAGAUUACAACUGGCUACGAAACUACCAGAAUUCCCAUACGACUAUCCCAGCCACUGAACAAAGGCAGCUUGAAGUCCUCUGCUCACAAGUUCAACCCUGCCAAACUGGAACUAUUCUCAGCAGAUUUCGAGAAGUUCUGGCAGAAAAUGAUGUACUGCCAUGGGAAAUAGUCUACAUCUUCAAGCAAGUUCUGAAAGACUUCCUCAGCAGUGCUGGCAGAGGGAGUCAGCCUGAGGGCCCACACGACUCCCAGGACACAAGCUGUCCCACUCCCUCUGAGCUCCCAGGUGAAACCUCCCAGAGUCCAGGCAAAGAUGAAAUACCUACUAUUUCAAGUUAUGUAGACAGAAACACAAAGAACAGGUUCCCAACAUGCUCACACAGAAUAUGGAGCCUUCCAUAUUACUACCCAUCAAGUUAA